AUGCCUCUAAACUUUCAACAAUCUCCGCCUCCAUAUUUUAAUCAUCCACCGCCGCCGCCGCCACCGCUGUAUAACCAAGCUCAGUUUGUUAAGAGCGAGAUAAUUUCACUUUGGUCAAUAUUGGUAAUGUUUUUCCUACUGUUGGUACUUUAUACAUUAUAUAGACGAAGUCGAAACCAUAACCCUAUUGAUAUAGAACAAGGGCAGCCACCAAACCGAAACCGACAACGGCUGCGGGUGUUGCAACCGGAGAGGAGAGUUAACCAGCCUCGGCCACUGCGAACUAUCGUCGUGGCGGCGCGAGUUUUUCAGUACAAGAUUGGAGAAAUUAGAGCAUUGGAAGAUGAAUGCGUUAUUUGCUUAGAAGAUUUUGAGGAAGGUGAUGAAUGUAGAAUUUUGACUAGAUGUAAUCAUAUUUAUCAUAAAGCUUGCGUUGAUCGGUGGAUAUUAAACGAUGCACAUUGUCCGAUUUGUCGGGAAUGUGUUCAGCCUCGGUCAACAAAUCGGAUUCCGCUAUAA